AUGUCCAAGAGAGACGCCUCUGAGAUGUCUGCUGAUGGGGAAUCAGCAGGCAAGAAAGUUAAGGCUGACGACGGUCCAAAUCCAAUUGUGUUUACUUCACCAGGAAGCAGGGCCACUGAUACUCGUAUUAUUGUCUUUAACCAAGAGUUCCAUGUUAGUUCAGACGCCUUGAGAAUCAUGUCGGUCUACUUCAAGAAGUUCCUUGAUCCAAUCAAUCAGCCCUUUCGCAAGCCAGCGUCAGAAAGUUUCAGAUAUGAGUGGUUCACUAAGAUUGAUGACGAUGGUUCUUGGGGACUCUCAAGUGAUCCAAAGGUACGUAGCUAGUUAUUUCUUGACCUCGUCGUUUGCUGAUUUUUUCCGCUUAGGAUCGAAAUUCGUCAACUGAAAGCUUCACAGGAAAUGCAGGUCUUCAUGAAAACUGUUUCCAUAACCUUCUGCGUGCCAUGUUCUGCCGCCAAUCUGUUGUUCGCAACGUUGAGGAGUUGGGAUGCUUAGCCGAAAUGGCGGAUUUCUAUCUUUGCCUACCAGCUGUAUCAAACUCCCUUUACGAAACGACAAUCAACAACCAAGCCUUCAGCAGAAGCAUAGCAAGUAACCCAUGCUUAGCCCUCAACUGUGCUUACCAGCUUCGUCACGCCUUACUCUUCCGAGAAGCAAUGAUCCAUUGCCUCGGUCCUGUGAGCAAACCUAGAUACACAGAGCUUAAAAGCGAUAAGUUGAGAGUCUUGUGCACUUAUCUUGAAUCCAAGAUGACAUUGACGCUUCAUGCCAUCGACAAUCACCUACGCCUCAUCCAAGCAAACAAAGAAGUAUAUGGCGAUGGUGUCUUUAAAUUUUUUUACGCUGCUCUAUCAACCUGCUACCAACCUGGUCCAAAUGGGGAGGAGGGUACCAUGUUCUACCCACAAUAUUAUCGAAGACUCAUCAAUGCCAAUGCUCGAGACAAACUUCCAGACAACCUUAUUGCAUCGCUUCGCCGAGCUUUGGAGCCAAUCAACAAAAACCUUUUGAGACUGGACACAAUGAGAGGCAGUUUUGGCGUCGGUGAUUUUAAAGAUGCUUUCCUAUGUUACGAGGUGUUGGACAGUGAGCUACCUUGGGAUAGAGAGCAGCAAGAUUGGUAAGCUUGUGAGGGAAUGGAGAGCACCGUUUUUGGUAUACUUCUAACUAUUUUACAGGGGAGAUACCAGCUCCUUUGACAAUGGUUUGGUACCACAAAGUAAUUUCGCUGCCUGA